UUAUGUUGUAGCGAUUCUUCACCCGUGGAUCCUCUGAACGUUGUGGACGCCAAUAAUACGGAUCCAUCGUCCGAAAGCAUAGAAUACGCAUCUGAGCACGACUUGUCAAACAGAAUCAGACGACAUAUUGCCAGGAAGAGAAAAACCAGAGAAGACAAGAAGAAGCAAAACUUUAGUCGUGAUAAAAUCGUCAAGAAGAAGCCUAAACUUUCCUUGGAGUGCGCCACGUGCGGCAAACGUUUUAGCCAGAAAGCAAUCAUGAUAAAACACAUGAGCCUGCACAAGUACCAAUGUCAAACCUGCCGCCAAAGUUUUAGUCUGAAGCGAGAGCUGAAGCGUCACGUCAUGAACGUUCACGGGCCUCUUUUAUAUCCCUGCAGUAUCUGUGAGUACAAGAGCAACAACAAGUGCACCUUGAAAGAUCAUUUCAUACGGAAGCACACCAGCGACUUCCAACACUCCUGCACAGUUUGUAAGAAACAAUUCAAGAUCAAGAAUGAUCUGAAGCAACACAUGAAUCAGGUGCACAGCGGCGAGCCACCUAUCAUCUGCAGUAUCUGCGGACACGCCUGCAAGAACGUGCCUGCCAUCAAGGCGCACAUGAAGUAUCGACAUUACAAGCCCGCUUACGAGUGCAAGAUAUGCAAGCGCGGUCUGACCACGCAGGAAAAUCUCGACCAACACUUGAUCUGGCAUGAGCGAAAGGAGAAGGUUGUCUGUCCCACCUGCGGCAAGACCUUCGGUCAGAAGAGGGACUUGGAUCUCCACUUGAGGAUCCAUCAGGGUAUCCGGCCUUUUUCCUGCCCGGUCUGCAACAAGACGUUCCCCAGAAAAACCGCGCAGGAGCAACACAUAUUGAUUCACACCGGCAAGAAGCCGUAUAUUUGCGAUAUAUGUGGUCAUACCUUUGCACAGAAACCCGGACUCAUUUGUCAUAGGAAACGACAUCCUGGACCGCUGCCGCCGUUGCCUGUGGUAUCCAUUAAAAAAAUAAUCAUGGACUUUACGCAGGAAUUGGUCUCUUCUACGCAACAGGAUAAAAUAGAUAGUUAGAUAUUUAUUUUAAAGACUGCAUCAACGUGUUGAGGAAAUUAAUUUGUUUAAUAAUUCUAAGAUGCAUACAAUUUCCCAUAUGUACAAAAAAGUGUACCGUCGAUUAUUAUUCACUGAAUUUUGUAAUUUGUUUCCUUGAAUAUCAAAUAAAUAUUUUAGAA